AUGGGCUGUGGCUGCGGAGGCCUGAUGGAGACCUCAGCAGCAGCGGUGACGAUUACGACAUCUUCUGAAGAUGUGGAAACUCAGUGUAAGAAGCUCUGUGUGGUGCUGGGCAGUCCUAUAGGAAGAAUCGAGAUAUCAGGAUGUGAGACAGGAGUACAUGGAAUACAUCUUCAAGGAGAUGCUGUACUACAGAAUGGCACUAUGAAGAGCUCAGUGUCUUGUGAAGUACAUGAAGCCCCAGAGGAAAUGGCAGAGCCUCUGAAACAGUGUACAGCGUGGCUUCGGGCCUACUUUUGCGAACCCUGGAUGACCGAAAAGCUUCCAGUGCCUCCUUUCCACCAUCCUCUUUUAGAGCAAGCGUCAUUCACCACAGAAGUGCUGUGGACCCUGUUGAGAGAGGUGAAAUUUGGAGAGGUGGUUUCUUACAAGCAAUUAGCAGACCUGGCAGGCAACAGCAAAGCAGCCCGAGCAGUAGGAGGAGCAAUGAGAAGCAAUCCUAUCCCAAUUAUAAUCCCAUGCCACCGAGUGAUUUGCAGCAGUGGACAGACUGGCAACUAUACGGGAGGAAGUCAUCUGAAAGAGUGGCUUUUGUCACAUGAGAAGCUUCUGAAGGAAAAGUUAGCAUAUUGAUGCAGUUCAGGCACAGCUGUUAUACAGCCAAAACACAUAACCAAAGAUACUUGGCUUAUAACAAGCUUUCAGAACACACAGUAGAAUUCAGGAAAAUGGUAAAUAUUUGAGUGACAUAUAAAUAUAAUACAACAUCCGAAGCGAAAUGUGUGGUGGCACUACUAUAUUAAAAAAGCUGAAUGUGUCCUGGGGGAUCCAGCUUGUAUGCCCUUUCUUGUUUUUACAUUUUACAGCAGAAUGAGUACAGCGGACUGUGCCUGUUGUGCAUGUAUUUUGUUCCUAUCUCUAGUGCUGUUUUGUUCUAUUUUUAAUGUCCAUUAAAGCAAGGAUAAGGGAGUGGGAGGGGCAUGGCAAAUGUGAGAUGCAACUGCCCCUCUAAGGAAGCAUCUGGCUCGCAGAGGGGACAGCCGGGAAUCUGCAGCCUUCGCGUGUAUUCGGAGAGCAAAAUGAAAUGCAUAAGCUUCAACACACACACGCACACCUCCCCCCUGUUCCUGCCUGGAUUUGUAUUUGUCCAGAUUGAAAAGCUUGUACCUCUGCCAGGCUUGGUGCCCAAGAUUCUCCUGUUUUCUUUGAUGUUUGAACUGUUGAAAUGAUGUUUUACGUAAACAGUUGUUAUUGAAACACACUGCAAAUCCAUUCAAAAGGAAACCGCUAUUGAAUUGCCUGUUCACAGCUUUUCUUUUUAGAUCGUUGUAGAUGGCUUAGAAGAUAUGAAUAAUAUUUUGUCCCCACUAGCAUUGCUUGAUGCGAGCAGAAAAACAGAUGCUGAUAAAGUAGUUUGAUGACAAAACAAAUAUUUUCAUAAAAUUAUUCAAUUCAGUUGCAGAUACCUUUGCCAGAAUUUAAAAGCCCAAUUCCCCCCCUUUUGGGGUUGUUUUGUUUGUUGUUUGUUUGUUUUUAAUUUUUUUGUGGUAUGGUGGUGGUCAGCAGUGCUUAUAGCUCUUACUUAGCACUCACUGUUUUCAGUUUUCAUGUUUACACACAUUAGAUAAUAGUCUGGAUUAUAAUAAUUAAAAACUAAACAUUACACUUACUAUCCAGAAAAUAAAUCAACCAAAGGAUGUUGGAGCUAAAAUUUCUGGUUAUUUAGAAAGAACGGAAUUAAAGUCAAAUAUUACAGAUUACCAGAAACUGGAAUUUUUCGGUAUGGGAAUAAUAAAUCAUAUAUUAGAAAACUGAUUUUUAUGUUUUGAUCAUACUUUAGUAGAUGUUGUUUUGAAAAACUCACUGCUAACACAAAUUAUUGAGCUAUGUUACCCUGUCAAUGUAGUGUUACUCUGAUAUUAGAAUUACUUCAUUAAACCUUGUUGUACAUGUACAAGUUGUCUUGUAUGUAUAAAUAAAAAUACAGUAUAUGAUAUACAGAGAAAAUAAACUACCAUACGAUAUAAGGUUGUAUUUUAUCAAGGGUUUCUGGUGGCAAUAUAAACCAUGAAAGCAAGGCUCAAGUGGAUUGUACAUGUCAGCAAAAUCCCAAGAUAAAAAUAUAGUCUUAUAAUAUGUAUAGUUUGAGUGUGUUCUGCUUUUUCAUAAUAUGUGAAUGCUAACCAAAGAAAAUCAGAUGCCUAUUCUAAGCUUCCCUCUUUUUGCAAAUAUUUCAUUUAUAGAUAUUUCUUUCUACAGACAUUGGCUCAUCUCAGAAAAUGAUUCAUUCUUCUGCUAAGAAUAUUCCACUGUUCACUGCUGUUGCUGCUUACCAUAUGUUUAACUCCAUCCACAUGCUGGGUGCUUGGAAAGUAUAAAUAUAGCUGUUCAGGGAAUAACAGAACCAAACUGUAACACAUUUGAAACCAGAUUAACAGCCAUGUCCAGACUUCAUCAUUGUGUCCAUGGUAUUACACUCUGAGAGUUUCAGUUCAAAAACUUGCUUGAUGGAAACUUUUGUGUGAGGCUUUUACUACUGGGUAGGUGAGUAUGUCCUCAAAGUACUGUACUUCUCUGAAUGGGGAUCCCAGCAAAAUCUUAAGGCUUUCACUCCCUUGACUGCAUUGUGAGUCGGAGUAAAAAAAAUAAAAGAAAUUUGAGAGAUGGAUGACCUCUUAGCAAAGUCAGGUGUUUCCUCAGCCCAGUUGUUCCUUGUGAUUUUAAAACUGAAGGUCAGGGUUUCAGCCACCAUUUGUGUAUUCAUUUUGUCACUUCUCUGUUUAACAGCUUAUCUAAUACAAUGUUAUACUAUGAAAACAUUUAUUUCAUAUGAGUGGUCUGUUUUGAUUAUAUGUGCUCAUGGAUCAUUGAAGUAGUAUGUUCUUCUUUAAUUUUGU